CACUGAAAGCACUCUGAUCAGCUAAAUCCUACUUACAGCCAUGACUGCAUGCAUCUUCAUACGGGGAGGCAAAAUUGACAGACAGUUGGCAGAUGAUGAAAUUGAAGAGCUGAGAGAGGCAUUUAAUGAGUUUGACAAGGAUAAGGAUGGACUCAUUACCUGUAAGGAUCUAGGAAACCUGAUGAGGACAAUGGGUUAUAUGCCAACUGAGAUGGAACUAAUCGAGUUAGGCCAGAACAUUAACAUGAAUUUAGGAGGAAGGGUAGACUUUGAAGACUUUGUAGAGUUGAUGGCUCCAAAGCUUUUGGCUGAAACAGCAGGCAUGCUUGGUGUGAAGGAACUACGAGAUGCUUUCAAAGAGUUUGAUAUGGAUGGUGAUGGAUCAAUCACUACAGAGGAGCUAAGGUGUGCCAUGAGUAAACUACUGGGAGAGCACAUGAACCACAGAGAAAUUGAUGCUGUGGUCAGAGAGGCGGACAACAAUGGAGAUGGUACAGUAGACUUUGAAGAGUUUGUGAGGAUGCUGUCAAACUGCUGAGAAAUUCAUCCAUGGUUACAACAAAUAUAUGAAAAACAUGGUUGCUUGCAAAUUUUGAUUUAUAUGAUUAAAGUUGACUGUGGCGUGCUUAAAUUUACUU